AUGGAUGUGACCACGAAAAACAAGCGAGAUGGCACUGAAGUCACUGAGAGAAUUAUCACGGAAACAGUAACUACAAGACUCACAUCCUUACCACCAAAAGGGAGCACCAGCAAUGGCUACGCGAAGACAGGCUCUCUGGGUGGAGGAAGUCGGCUAGAGAAACAGACCCUGACUCAUGGUAGCAGCGGCUACAUCAACUCAAAUGGGAGCAUCCGGGGCAACGCUUCCACCUCCAGUUACAGGAGAGCUCACUCGCCAGCCUCCACCCUGCCCAACUCUCCAGGCUCCACCUUUGAAAGGAAAACUCGCAUGACCCGCCAUGGAACUUACGAAGGGAGCUCCAGUGGCAACUCCUCCCCUGAGUACCCCCGGAAGGAACUCGCAUCUUCUGCAACCAGAGGACGAAGCCAAACACGAGAGAGCGAAAUUCGAGUUCGCCUGCAGAGUGCCUCUCCAUCCACCAGAUGGACAGAACUCGAUGAAGUCAAACGUUUGCUUAAGGGGAGCCGAUCUGCAAGUGCGAGUCCCACCAGGAACACCUCCAACACACUCCCCAUCCCCAAGAAAGGCACUGUAGAGACAAAAGUGGUGACAGCAAGCUCCCACUCAGUAUCAGGAACCUAUGACACGACAAUACUGGACACCAACCUUCCCCCCCACAUGUGGUCCUCCACCUUGCCUGCAGGGUCCUCCAUGGGGACCUAUCACAACAACAUGACAACCCAGAGCUCAUCCCUCCUCAACACCAACGCCUACUCAGCAGGAUCAGUCUUCGGAAUGCCAAAUAACAUGGCGUCCUGCUCUCCCACCCUGCCCCCUGGACUCAGCAGCUGCUCCUCAGUGUUUGGCAUGCAGAACAAUCUGGCCCCCAGCUCUUCUGCCGUAGCCCAUGGCACAACCACCACUUCCACAGCAUACAGUGUAAAGAAAAACGUGCCACAGCCACCCACUGUCACCAGCACCGGUGUGUCCACUUCUGCUACCUGCACCACCAGCGUCCAGAGCGACGACCUCUUGCAUAAAGACUGCAAGUUCCUGAUUCUGGAGAAGGACAACGUACCCGCCAAGAAAGAGAUGGAACUCUUGAUCAUGACCAAGGACAGCGGGAAGGUCUUUACUGCCUCCCCGGCCAGCAUCUCUUCAAGAGACCUAAAUACUGUGUCCACAAAGGGCAAGGCCACCUCUGUAGAAAACCAUAACUAUGACCGAGGCGGUGGUGGAGCCAGAGGCGGCGCCGGUGCCGGUGCCGGUGCCGGUGCCGGUGGAGGAACCUGGGGGGCUGCGCCUGCCUGGUGCCCCUGCGGCUCCUGCUGCAGCUGGUGGAAGUGGUUGCUGGGCCUACUGCUCACCUGGCUGCUGCUGCUGGGUCUGCUCUUUGGCCUCAUUGCUCUGGCGGAGGAGGUAAGGAAGCUGAAAGCCCGAGUGGAGGAGCUGGAGAAGACCAGGGUGCAAUAUUUUGAAGACAAGACAGAGAGAAGUAGCAAGGACCGUCUCCUGGGUGAUGUGCCUGGCAUGGGACCUGGAUUAGGCAAAGUGGGGCUGGAUGGCCACAGCCAGGAGGCGAUCUGGCUGUUUAUAAGGAACAAGCUGAUGACAGAACAGGAAAACGGAAAUCUUCGAGGAAAUCCUGGUCCAAAAGGUGACAUGGGAAGUCAAGGACCUAAAGGAGACCGAGGCCUUCCUGGGACCCCAGGUAUUCCUGGGCCCCUGGGCCACCCUGGCCCAGAAGGACCAAAGGGACAAAAGGGCAGCAUUGGAGAUCCUGGCAUGGAAGGACCCAUAGGCCAGAGAGGACUAGAAGGCCCCAUGGGACCUCGUGGUGAACCUGGGCCUCCUGGGUCUGGAGAGAAAGGAGACAGAGGGAUUGCUGGAGAACAAGGUCCUCCGGGCCUCCCUGGUCUCCCAGGUUCUGUGGGUCCCAGAGGUCCCAAUGGCUCUGCUGGCCCACAGGGACCCCCAGGUUCUAUGGGUCCCCAAGGGCUCCGUGGUGACGUGGGACUCCCUGGUGUCAAAGGUGACAAAGGACUUGUGGGACCACCAGGACCCAAAGGUGACCAGGGUGAAAAAGGACCCAGAGGCCUCACAGGGGAGCCUGGCAUUCGGGGUUUACCUGGAGCUGUGGGCGAACCUGGAGCCAAAGGCGCAAUGGGUCCUGCUGGCCCUGAUGGACAGCAAGGCCCCAGAGGUGAGCAAGGUCUGACAGGGAUGCCUGGAACCCGAGGCCUACCAGGACCUUCUGGAGACCCAGGAAAGCCAGGUGUCACAGGACCCCAGGGACCACAGGGACUUCCUGGUAGCCCUGGCCGACCGGGGACUAAAGGUGAACCUGGUGCUCCAGGCAGAGUCAUGACUGCAGGAUCAUCAACUAUCACUGUCCCCGGACCUCCCGGACCUCCCGGUGCCAUGGGACCCCCAGGACCUCCAGGGACCCCAGGUCCUGCUGGCCCUGCUGGUCUCCCAGGACAACAAGGCCCACGAGGGGAGCCAGGACUUGCUGGUGACUCAUUUAUAAACAGUGGCAGCUCCAUCUCCGAGGUCCUCUCUGCCCAAGGAGUUGACUUGCGGGGUCCCCCUGGCCCACCUGGCCCACGAGGGCCACCAGGGCCUGCCAUCCCAGGCCCACCAGGACCUAGAGGUCCUCCAGGGGAAGGCGCGCCAGGCCCACCGGGCCCACCAGGAUCUUUCCUGACUGACUCAGAAACCUUCUUCUCUGGCCCUCCGGGUCCACCUGGCCCCCCAGGUCCCAAGGGAGACCAAGGUGAUCCUGGCAUCCCUGGCGGUCACUCUCAUGGAGAAGCAUCCAGCACUACGUACAGGCAGGGCCCACCUGGCCCUCCAGGACCCCCUGGGCCUCCAGGCUCCUUCAGCAGCUCUGGCCAGGAUAUCCAGCGCUACAUCUCAGAGUACAUGCAGAGUGACAGCAUCAGGACCUAUCUCUCUGGAGUUCAGGGUCCCCCAGGCCCACCAGGUCCUCCAGGGCCUGUCAUCACCAUCACAGGAGAGACUUUCGACUACUCCCAGCUGGCAAGCCAGGUGGUCGGCUACUUGAGGACGUCAGGCUACGGUGUGAGCUUGUCCUCUGCCUCCUCAGAAGAUAUCCUGGCCAUGCUGCGACGGAAUGAUGUGUGGCAGUUCCUACGUCAGCACCUGGUGGGCCCACCGGGUCCCCCAGGGCCCCCAGGAGUUGGUGGAGAUGGGUCCCUCCUGUCCUUGGACUACGGAGAGCUGAGCAGACACAUUCUCAACUAUAUGUCAAGUUCUGGAAUCAGCUUUGGGCAUCCUGGCCCACCGGGCCCCCCUGGCCUGCCAGGAACAUCCUAUGAGGAGCUACUCACCAUGCUCCGAGGGUCUGACUACAGGGACAUCAUUGGACCUCCAGGUCCACCUGGGCCACCCGGGAUGCCAGGCAGCGCGUGGUCCAGCAUCAGCGUGGAGGACCUCUCAUCUUACCUGCACACUGCUGGCCUGUCCUCCAUCCCAGGACCCCCAGGACCUCCUGGACCCCCAGGUCCUCGAGGGCCCCCAGGUGUCUCAGCAGCUCUGGCCACCUAUGCAGCUGAAAACAGCGACAACUUCCGUAGCGAGCUGAUUAGCUACCUCACAAGUCCUGAUGUCCGUAGCUUCAUCAUUGGCCCUCCAGGUCCCCCGGGACCACCUGGAGACAGUCACUUAAGGGAGAACUACAACUGGGGUAGCAGCUCCUCAGCCCGACGAGGCACUUCCUACAGCUCUUCCAUGGGCAUGGGGGGAGCCAAUGGAGGCUCCCUGGGCGAAGGUGGAACCUUUGGUACAGCAGAUGGGGGCCCCUAUGGCACCGACAUCGGCCCAGGAGGAGGUUAUGGGGCAGCUGCCGGUGGUUUAUAUGGCACCGAUGGCGAUUCAUUCCGGGCUGGCUUCACUGGAGACCUGGAUUACAACAAACUGGCAGUGAGGGUGUCCGAGAGCAUGCAGCGUCAAGGCCUACUACAAGGGAUGGCCUACACUGUCCAGGGCCCACCAGGAGUGCCUGGCCCCCAGGGCCCUCCUGGCAUCAGCAAGGUCUUCUCUGCCUACAGCAAUGUGACACAGGACCUCAUGGACUUCUUCCGGAUGCAUGGAGCUAUUCCAGGCCCACCUGGGCAAAAGGGAGAAGUGGGCACCCCAGGGCCCAAAGGUGACAGGGGCCUUGCUGGACAACGAGGUCCUCCUGGGCCACCAGGCCCUCGAGGGCAGAAAGGAGAGAAAGGAGACAAGGGCGACCAAGUCUACACUGGGAGAAGGAAGAGAAGUAUUGCCAUCAAGCCAUAAGCUGCACUUGUCAGAGCCACCAAGUUCUCAGACCAGUGCUCGGGCGCCUAUGUCUAAGUGUCCCCAGUGGGUGGAACUGGUCCACAUUUUGCUGAGACCAAGUCACCUAGCAACACUUGUUUUAGUCCGAACAAAAUGUAUCAUACAGAAAAUUCAAAGACACACAAUGAAAAACAGCUGCACUGAUUGGGUGGGCCUUUGGAAUCGCUACAAAAUUUAAUAUGAGACUUAACCUCUCUGCUAUAUAGACUGAGCUUCCUAGCCUGGCCUCACUUAGCUCAGACCUAAACCUCAGAAGCCAAUUACAUAAAUGUUGGCUGGGGAGUCUUGAUGCUUUGCUCAUUUUUAGAAAUGAGCCCAGAAAAUGGAAAAUGGGCAUGGAAGCCUUCACAGGGUGAAAAUUGAUGGGUGCUUUCUGGUUAUUGUUACCAAGGCUUGCUUUUAGCUCCUUCCCUGAUUACUCUGCAUUCUCCAGUCUCAGAAAAGAAGGAGCACCCGACAAGUUCACUUCCUUAAAAGCAGUGGUAUUUCAGAUAGCUAUCACAGUUGAGAUGCCAAUCACCUCCCACUGGCUUCCAAGCUUGACUGGUCACAGCUAUGGCCUGUGUCGUUGUGCACAUCCGAAGUAACAAUUAUGACACCACACUAGACCACAGCAGACAGUACAAGAGGGGCAGUGAGCAAGGAAGGGAGAAGGAAUCCCUGAUGCUAGGGAAACAUGGCUUCCACACCCCCUGUUCUGCACAUAGGAAAUUACAUGGGAACCUGGGUGCAGCUGGUUUUUAAGCACUUUUCACUGUCCAAAAACAUUUGUAUGUAAUCUGUAAGAUGAAAAUUCAUUUCAACUGUAAAAUUUUCAAAUAAAGCUUUUUUUUUUCUUUUUUAA